AUGACUCAACCAAAUAUCACCCUCUAUACGACCCAGACCCCCAAUGGGAUCAAGAUCUCCAUUGCCCUAGAGGAGCUUGGCCUGCCAUACAAGGUCGAGAAGAUUGACAUCUCGAAGAACACCCAAAAGGAAGACUGGUUCCUAAAGAUCAACCCCAAUGGCCGUAUCCCUGCCUUGACAGACACUUUCAGCGAUGGCCAGGAGAUCCGGAUAUUUGAGUCUGGUAGCAUUCUGGAAUACCUGGCAGAACAGUAUGACACGGAUUACAAGAUCUCAUUCCCCAAGGGCACGCGGGAAUACUACGAGAUGAAGAACUGGCUGUUCUUCCAGAAUGCUGGUCUCAGGACCCAUGCAGGGCCAAGCCAACCAUUUCUCGCGCACCUCGCUGAGUCCAAGUCUGGUUAUAUUGUCGGUGACCAUGUCUCUAUCGCCGAUAUCACACACUGGGGGUGGGUGGCUGCUGCGGGCUGGGCCGGUAUCGAUAUUGACGAGUUCCCGAAUGUUAAGGCUUGGGAGGAGCUUAUGGCCAAGCGGCCAGGUGUUGAGAAGGGCCGUCAUGUCCCUGCCCCUCACACCAUUAAAGAUCUCAUCAAGGAUAAAGCGGCUGUGGAUAAAGCGGCUGCUGAGGCCAGGUCUUGGAUUCAACAGGGAAUGCAGGCCGAUGCCAAAGGCAAAGUUUAA